AUGGAGUUUGAGAAUAACGAAGAAUCACUUUAUUACUAUUCUUCUUCUUCAUCACUAUCUUCUUCCACUUCAUCUCAAACCCAACUCUCGGCCAUCAGCCCACCGCCAUCGUCGUCGCCAUCACGCAGUCAGAAGAAGAGAUCAGGGAGGAAGAAGUUCCGAGAGAUGCGACACCCGGUGUACAGGGGUGUCCGGCGGAGGAACGGCAACAAGUGGGUGUGCGAAGUGAGAGAACCAAUCAAGAAAUCAAGAAUAUGGCUCGGAACUUACCCUACCCCUGAAAUGGCCGCUAGGGCACACGACGCCGCAGUUCUGGCACUUAGAGGCACCUCAGCCACCUUCAAUUUCCCUCUCUCCGUCCCCCUUCUUCCCCUUGCCGAGUCAUCUUCACCUCAACAUAUUCGAGAAGCUGCUUCCAAAGCCGCACAACAAACUAGCAGUAAUAAUGAUAUUACUAACCCUCCUGUUUCUUCUUCGAAUAUGAAUCUUUCUGUUGGUGUUGAUGGUGGUGGUGGAGUGGGGUCGAGGUUCUUUGAUGAGGAGGCAAUGUUUAACAUGCCUGCAUUGCUUGAUAGCAUGGCGGAGGGUUUGCUUAUAACACCACCGUCCAUGAAGCGAGGAGCUUUUCAUGAUGAUGAUGAAUUUCAAACUGACCUCACUCUCUGGAAUUUCGACUAA